AUGAAGUCCGGGAAAACGAAGUUAGAAUCUAAUGAUAUUGAUAGAGGAUGGGCAUGGCUAAUUGUAGCAGCGGUUUUUGUAUAUCAUAUGCUGUCUUAUGGUUUGGCGUGGUCUGCUGGUGUUUAUUAUGCAAUUCUUAUAGAAGCCUUUCCUCAUCAACCGAAAGUCAUGGUGGCUUGGGCUGGUUCACUACCAACAUUCGGAUUAUAUGCAGCCGGCCCGUUUUCUGCGAUGCUGACCAAUAAGUUUGGAUGCAGACCGAUCCUAAUGUUAGGUGGUAUGAUGUCUGGAUUUGGAAUGAUGGCUAGUUAUUUUGCACCCAAUAUUUAUGUAUUGUAUGCCACAUUUGGUAUUAUUACAGGUUUGGGUAUUGGACUAAGUUAUAUACCUGCCAUAACAGCAUUAACAUUGUACUUCCAAAAAUACCGAAAUAUUGCUACAGGAAUAGCUGUGAGUGGUGCGGGCUUUGGUUGUUUUAUAUUCCCCCCGUUAAUCAAUACCUUAUCAGACAUGUAUUCUUGGCGAGAAUCCAUGUUAAUCAUAGGGGCUAUAGUGUUAAAUAUUGUGGUAUGUGGUUGUGUUGUACGUCCAAUCUCAUCAUUCCAUAUCAAUCAAGAGGAAAAACCCAAAGUUAUAGACUUUUCACCACUGAGGAAGAAAGGGUAUCUAAUUCUGUCCGUGAACGUUGUAAUGUUAAGUUUUGGUCUUUCAAUCGUCUACCUCCAUCUCACUGCCUAUUCUGAGGCUUGUGGUUAUACAGACAAUAAAUCAGCUAUGUUAAUGUCAUCUAUAGGAGCAGCCAAUUUGUGUGGACGAUUUGCUCUUGGAGCUACUGCCAACCAUCCCAGGGUGAAUGUGAUAGUUCUCUAUGCUGUUUCAAAUAUCAUCUCAGGAGUUGCCUCUAUAUGUUUUGCAUUCUCAGGUAGUUCUUACAUCGCCUUAGUGUUUUUAGCCGUUGUGUUUGGAUUUUUUACUGCUUGUUUUGGUGCACUGUUGCCUCCCAUUCUUGUUGAGUUACUGGGUAUCAGAAGAUUUUCUAAUGGUUAUGGGUGCUUGUUGAUAUUUAUGGCAAUAGGACAACUUAUGGGAGGUCCAUUCGCUGGAUUUUUAUAUGAUACAACGGGUACAUACGAGGUAUCUUUCUUCAUCGCAGGGGGUACUCUAAUAAUAGCUGGUCUGGCAAUGAAACUAAUUGGUUGUUGGGGAAAGAAAACGUUUGAUGACGGUAUACCAGAUUAUCAAGUAGCUUUUAUUGAGAAUGGUGAGAAAGUUAAGCUAGAUUAUUAUGAUAUUUGUACAAUAUGUGAAGCUGGUGUUAUAAAUUUUCUCAUUUUACGUCGAAUAUUUUCAAUCUUAUGA